AUGAUCCGCCGCCGUCACCCACCUUCGCCGCCACCCGCCACCGCCAUCACCAGCCACCGCCGUCACCCGCCACCGUCAUCACCCACCAUCGUCAUUGCAGCCACCCACCUCCAUCCCCGCCACCGCCGUCGCCGCCAUCCACCAUUGCCGUUGCCACCUCCCAUCACCGCCACCACCCACCUUCGAUCAUCGCCGCCACCAUCGUCGCUGCCACCUCAGAUUACCGCCGUCGUCGCCACCCACCUCCGUCAUCGCUAUCAACUACCACCACCCACCGUCACCACCGCUACCACCACCGUUGGAUUAAGAAGAGUCCAAGGUCCUGUGAAUCAUGAAAGUUAA